GCAAAAUGCCAACGAAACGAUCGGGCAUGUUUAAGUAAGAAUAAGUAAAAAUAAAUACGUACACAUGUAUUAAAUAUUAACAUUUAAGAAUUAUGUGUAUUGCAUUGACUUUUUAAAAUAAAUACAUAAGUAAACAUGGCUGAAAUUUUAAAAGGAUUAUUAUUAGGGGUGUUGUCUCAAAAGUGUUACAACGAAUACUUUCUAAAGUACAAUUUUCUUGAUGUACCAUGUUUCAAAUCCACACUCAGCAAAGGUCUCGGAAUCGGCAUUAUUCUAGGAUCCAUACUGGUAAAAGUGCCACAAAUUUUCAAAAUUUUACAAAGUAAGAGUGCCGAUGGAAUCAAUAUUUAUGGAGUUUAUCUGGAGUUGUUUGCUAUCACUGCGAACUUUGCUUAUAGCUAUGUAAUGGGUUUCCCAUUCAGUGCAUGGGGUGAAGGAACAUUUUUAGCCAUCCAAACGGCAAUGAUAGCAGCUUUAGUACUCCACUAUGGUGGCGCUCCAAUGAAGGGCGGAAUAUUUCUGUCUGUUUACUGUGCAAUAGUCUCAGUUUUAGUAAGUGGUUAUACCUCCACUGAUAUAUUAUGGACCAUGCAGGCUGUCACUGUUCCUAUCAUUCUCAUAGCCAAGUCAAUCCAAAUAGGAACGAACUACAAAAAUGGCAGCACUGGUCAACUGUCGUUUAUAACCUGCUUUCUGUUGUUUGGAGGUAGUGUAGCAAGAAUCUUCACAUCAAUUCAAGAAACUGGAGACUCCAUUAUUAUUCUGACCUACUGUGUUUCAACCAUUGCCAAUGGUGCUAUUGUUUUACAAAUGUUGUGGUACUGGAAUGUUGAAAAGACAAUUAAAGUAAAAGGCAAGAAAAAACCAAAGCGUGCUUAACACAAUGGGUAUUUCACCUUACAACUCCCUUAUAAUUUAGCUGUAAAAAUAAAAUAAAGACAUAUUUAAUUCAA